AUGACGUGUGAUCGUUACGUAGGCAGCAGGAACUCAGUCAGGAUUCAGGAAUGGCGACGCUGCUGCAGCCGGAGAAAGUGCUUUAUCUCGUCCGAGGCGAGAAAAAGAUUCGCGUUCCGCUCUCUCAGCUGUAUUUUUGCAGAUAUUGCAGUGAGCUGCGAUCUUUGGAAUGCGUGUCACAUGAAGUCGAUUCUCAUUUCUGUCCCAGCUGUCUGGAGAACAUGCCGUCAGCUGAGGCCAAGCUCAAGAAGAAUAGGUGUGCCAAUUGCUUUGACUGUCCAUGCUGUAUGCACACCCUCUCCACACGGGCCACCAACAUCCCGGCACCACUGCCUGAUGACCCAACCAAAACCACAAUGAAGAAGGCCUACUACCUGGCCUGUGGAUUUUGUCGCUGGACCUCAAGAGAUGUAGGCAUGGCUGACAAAUCUGUGGCCAGUGGAGGAUGGCAGGAGCCUGAAAACCCUCAUACUCAGAGGAUCAACAAGCUGAUUGAGUAUUACCAGCAGCUGGCCCAGAGAGAGAAGCUGGAGAGAGACAGGAAGAAGCUGGCACGAAGACGGCCGUUCAUGCCUCAGGCGUUCUCGCAACACACAAUUCACGUGGUGGAGAAGUAUGGACUGGGAACCAGACUACAGAGACAGAGAUCUGGAGCCCCAAUCAGUGCCCUGUAUGGCCUUUCAUUAAAAGAAGGAGAAGAUCAGAAGGAGAUCACUAUAGAGCCAGCACAGGCUUUGGAUGAAGUGGAACCCCUGCCUGAAGAUUAUUACACUCGCCCUGUCAACCUUCCUGAAGUAACGAGUCUUCGCCAGAGGCUGCUACAGCCUGAUUUUCAGCCUGCAGGAGCUUCACAGCUGCAUCCCAGACACAAGCACCUGCUGAUGAAACGCUCUCUGCGUUGCAGGAAAUGUGAGCACAAUCUGAGCAAACCAGAAUUUAAUCCAACCUCAAUAAAGUUCAAAAUCCAGCUUGUGGCUGUGAGCUACAUUCCUGAAGUGAGAAUCAUGUCCAUUCCAAACCUGCGUCAUAUGAAGGAGAGUCAGGUUCUGCUGACCCUGACCAACCCAGUGGAGAACAUCACUCACGUGUCUCUGUACACCUGUGAAGAGGAAGACCCAGAUGACAUUAACAGCACUGCUAAGGUGCUGGUGCCCUCAAAGGAACUGGUCCUGGCAGGGAAAGAUGCCGCUGCUGAAUAUGAUGAACUGGCUGAACCUCAGGGUUUUCAGGAUGACCCAGAUGUAGUGGCCUUUAGAAAGUCAAACAAGAUUGGCUUCUUCAUCAAAGUGAUUCCGCAGAGGGAGGAGGGUGAUGUCACCGUCGCUUUCAAACUCCGACAUGACUUCCGGAACCUCGCUGCUCCGAUCAGACCCACCGAGGAGGGAGAAGCCACCAGUGAGGCCAUCUGGCUCAUACAUCAUGUGGAGCUUAGCUUGGGCCCCCUGGCAACCUGAGAACAUAACACACACAUGAGCUACACACAUGAGCAAACAUAAACAGAGGGACAAUUUAAACAACAUGUGGCACUAAACUCACAAACUCUUUUGCUCACAAAGACGUUCAUUAUCUUGACAACGUGAGUGCAAAUAUACAUCACAGGAAUGCAGUUACUUAACAGUAUACACACUAUGCUUACACUUACACCAGAUGCUUUGCACAGUUAUCUCUUUCUCGCUCUGUUUCUAGUGCGCCCUGCUGAUGUGUUUAACUGCAUGUGAGUACAGUGACAUCACCUACUGAUAUAUCUCAUGGUUCCAACUCCAGUUCUUCUCAGUGUUAAUAAAGACAUUUAGAUUAAUGCUUCAUCUAGGUUUUAUGUUCAUUUAAUAUUUUGUAUUUGCUGUAAAACAAGCAAAAUGUGUCUUGCAAUUGUGUGGCACUUAAUAGUAACUGAGACAAAGUCAUUAGUUGUGAAACACAUUAUCCCGUCAUCUGUAUUAAAUUAGAGAGUGAACACCAGUGCAUUCAGCUUUAUUUAUCGGUCUCAUGCUAGUAGCUGGAAGUCCUGAUUUAGUUUCUAAUAUGACCGCCUUAAAUGUGGUUGAGCAGUCUUAUCCAAUAAAAUAUGAGAAAAAAAA